GCGAACCAUUUAGAUCCGACCCUCCACAAGACGAGUUUACGCGUGACUUAAAAGAAGCAUGUUUUUACCCACGAACUCUGAGGGUUUAACGAAAACAUAACUUAGUGCACCUGACAAAAAAAGAAAACAGAACAAGAAAAUAAAAUGGACUUUAAGGACAAUAAUCAAAGUCUGCUGCUGAACACGCACGGCGGGACACCUCCCGCCAAAGUGAUCUUCGGCAUCGGCGUGGACAACCUGAUCUCCCUCCUGGUGUUCGCCCUAGUGUUCGUGCUGGGCGUGAUGGGCAACUCCGCCGUGAUCACGGUGCUCGCGCGCAGCAAACCGGGCCGCCGGCGCGGCACCACCAACGUGUUCAUCCUCAACCUGAGCGUGGCCGACCUGUCCUACCUGCUCUUCUGCGUGCCAUUCCAGUCCACUAUCUACAUGCUGCCCACGUGGGUGCUCGGCGCGUUCAUCUGCAAGUUCAUCCACUACUUCUUCACCGUGUCCAUGCUGGUCAGCAUCUUCACGCUGUCCGCCUUGUCCGUGGACCGCUACGUGGCCAUCGUGCACGCGCGCCGGUCUUCGUCCAUCCGCGUGGUGCGCCACGCCACCCUGGGGGUGGUGGUUAUCUGGGCUCUGUCGCUGGGCAUGGCGGCGCCCGUGGCGCAUUACCAGAGCAUCGUGCAGAGCGGGGACAACAACACGUACUGCUGGGACGAGUGGCCCGACCCGCACAAGAAGGUGUACGUGGUGUGCACGUUCGUGCUCGGCUACCUGCUGCCCCUCGCGCUCAUCUCGGUGUGCUACGCCAAGGUUUUAAAUCAUUUGCACAAAAAUCUAAAGAACGUUUCCAAAAAAUCUGAAAUCUCCAAAAGAAAGACCACUCAGACGGUGCUGGUGGUGGUGGUGGUGUUCGGCCUGUCUUGGCUGCCCCACCACGUCCUCCACCUGUGGGUGGAGUUCGGCCACUUCCCCCUCAACCAGGCCUCCUUCUACUUCCGCAUGCUGGCGCACUGCCUGGCCUACAGCAACUCCUCCGUCAACCCCGUCAUCUACGCCUUCCUCUCGGAGAACUUCAGGAAGUCAUACCGCCAGGUGUUCCGCUGCUGCCGGGGUCCCGCCGCCGCCGCCGCCGCAGCCGCCGCAGUGAGCCGCGGUCCUCGGCUGGACGACAAGCGCGGCAUCCGUUGCAGCCGUGCCAACACCACGCCGUUCACGGGGAGUCGUGAGUUGGUGUAGCCGUACGGCCCCCCCGCUGGCGAUGUGGCGCGCCACGCGUGAAUGACGGUCUGCUGCUAUGCGCUUGUCGGACGCCACCCUCGACGAGCGUCCGACAAGCGCAGCGUCCGACAAGUACAGCGUCCGACAAGCGCAGCGUCCGACAAGUACAGCGUCCGACAAGCAGAAUCCGAAAAGCAGAAUCCGGAAAUGAGAAACUGAAAAGUAGUGUCCAACAAGUGCAGCGUCCGACAAGCAGUGCCCGAAAGCAGAAUUCGAACGACCGACAAGCCGCCAUCCGACAAAUGCUGCGUCCGUCAAGCACAGCGUGCCCAAAGCGUAGCGUCCGAUAAACGCAAAGUCCGACAAAUGCAAAGUCUGACUAGCGCAACGUCCGACAUGCCCUGUGUCUGUCGCUGCGGCCACUGUGCCGACACAUCACCAUUCACAGGCCGCCGUGAGGCGAUAUAUCCGUACGACAACGUAGACGAGAGGGGGAGGCUGAAGUCGACAAUGAAGUGGACACUGAUGACAAUCGGCUGCUACGCGCACAACACUCGACGCUCAACGUAGACUCAACUGCUAUCGGUAGAGACGCAGUUUGCUGAGCUGCUGUGUACAUAAUGAAAUGCUAUUGUGUUGUGUAUGAAGUACAUAUGGGCCUGCACUACGUAUGUAUCUACAGAUUGUUGUCUCUGCGUCCAUCGUAGCUCUCGUCUGGCCUGGGCUAUCAGACAGUGCACACAUGACGUGAAGGGCUAAGCAGUUAAGGUACAAAAGGAUCACAAAACCGCGACAUGACUAUGUUUGCUUUUCCCCUGAGGAAUCGUUUUCCGUUGGCCCGUCGUUCUGUACAUUAAUCAGACUGUAUGUCCAGUAUGUCAUUGUAUCCACAGGGCUUUCCCCCCCCAUCAACAGUUUACAGAUGAAUGUUCUUACGUCUACUCUCUCUCACGUGUAUGAAACACCAUUCAGUUUUGGGUUUUCUAUUUUGUCAUCAAAAGUCUCUCAGGGGAUGGUUAAGAAAAUGUAGCCCUGAUGAUGAUCGAAUGUUAUAUACAACGGAAAAUUGUAUUUCUGAUUAAAUCAUGGCUAUUUAUACAUCAUGGCCUUUCCCCCCCUAAUUAACGAUCUAGAAACAAAUUGAGAUGAGAGUAGAAACUAGAAAUAUCUAUAGCUGUUAGGACAAUCUAACAACGCACGCAAAUUUGAUUGAAGACAAACAGAGAGGGCCAGAGACAGACCGACAGACGGAGAGACAAAGAGACAACUUAUUCAAGGUUGACUUGGUGGCACCUAAACAGAAAUUCGACAGCACAGGUCAAAGGUCAGAUGUCGACAUGUUGUGCUUUGUUUAUAUGACUAGGUCUAUCUGUGAAUAAAUAAAUUACCCUAAACAAUCCCAUAAAAGAGAAGCUUGGGUUGAUGUGGAAUACUACUAUAGGUUUUUCUCUGGGAAAAUUCAACCAAGUACUGAAGAAGACAAAUUGCUUAACCAUGAAACUGAAUGACUGAAUGAUGAAAUGGAUUAAAAGGACGAAAUAUAUACAUCUGAAUACAUUUUGGGCUGCACAGAUGCCCAUGGGAGAAAUAAAUACAUACUUUAAUGUUCUGUAGA